GAUGCUGGAGAAAUGGUUCGUUCCUUUGUUGGUGGUUUGGAACUUGUUGUCAAUUUACUGAAAUCAGAUAAUAAAGAAGUUUUGGCAAGUGUAUGUGCUGCUAUUACCAAUAUAGCCAAAGAUCAAGAAAAUUUAGCUGUCAUUACAGAUCAUGGAGUUGUCCCUUUAUUGUCCAAACUAGCCAAUACAAAUAACGAUAAACUCAGGCGUCAUCUAGCAGAAGCCAUUUCAUGCUGCUGUAUGUGGGGCAGAAACAGAGUGGCCUUUGGUGAAAACAAAGCAGUGGCUCCAUUGGUGCGUUACCUGAAGUCGAAUGAUGCCAAUGUGCAUCGAGCAACAGCUCAGGCCUUGUACCAACUCUCAGAAGAUGCCGAUAACUGCAUCACCAUGCAUGAGAACGGCGCAGUCAAGCUUCUACUGCACAUGGUUGGGUCCCCUGAUCAGGACCUCCAGGAAGCUGCAGCUGGUUGCAUAUCUAACAUCCGCAGGCUGGCUCUUGCUACGGAAAAGGCAAGAUACACUUGAAAUUUGAACAGACAUUUCAAGCUAUCAAAUUUUACAUGACACAGAUCAUAUCACUCCCAUGGCCAGGAAGCUGAAAUUAGGAAACAUUUAUUAGCAGAUCCUUUACAAGCAGACAAAUGCCUGAAUGAAAACAUAUGGAUGAAAAAUAUGAAGGAUAUUGUUCAUGCAAAAACUGAUAUUUUUGUUCUAUUUAAUGUUUUAAGCAUUUGUAUGUAAUGAAAUGUAAAGCCAAUAAAUUUUUGAUGAUUUUCCAGGAAUCUGAGAAUAUAUAUAUCCAGUAUUUUUUUUCAGUGAUGCUUUUGUAUUUGUGAAAAUUUUA